GCACGGUUCUAAUAGAAGUGUCUAGAAAGUCACGAAGCGGCCUGGCGUUCACGAGGAUCAGCGGUCAUGUCUGGCAUAGCUCUGAGUCGACUCGCACAAGAGCGGAAAGCAUGGAGGAAAGAUCACCCUUUCGGCUUCGUUGCUGUUCCAACUAAGAACCCUGAUGGUACGAUGAACCUGAUGAAUUGGGAAUGCGCCAUUCCAGGGAAGAAGGGGACUCCGUGGGAAGGAGGUCUGUUUAAGUUAAGGAUGCUCUUCAAAGACGAUUACCCGUCAUCUCCUCCGAAAUGUAAAUUCGAACCACCGCUGUUUCAUCCGAACGUGUACCCAUCGGGAACCGUGUGCCUCUCCAUUUUAGAGGAGGACAAAGACUGGAGACCUGCUAUCACGAUCAAACAGAUUCUUUUGGGAAUCCAGGAGCUUUUAAAUGAGCCCAAUAUUCAGGACCCGGCCCAGGCAGAGGCUUAUACCAUAUACUGCCAGAACAGAGUGGAGUAUGAGAAGAGGGUCCGAGCACAAGCCAAAAAGUUCUCUCCCUCAUAGAUGGACGGACGGACGGAUGGAUAAUUCCGAGGGAAAGUGUCAGCACUCGUUUAUUUUCCGUCUUCUUCCUCCUCCUCUCCUCUACUUGCUGGGACUGAAAGGACUUGGCGUGAUGUCUGUGCCAUCUGCCCCAUCCCCACAGGCUCCACCCCCUUCUGAUAGUGAUGUCACAAACACAGCCCCUGCCCCCUGACAACCCCUCUGCAGGACAGCCCCUGCCUCGCUUUAUCGUCGGCCAAUCAGAAACGGACCUCAUCUAUUUCCCUAUCCCCCCCCUUCCCCCAAAUCCCCCUCCUCCAGUCAAUGCAAACGUGGAGUGACUGAAUGAAAACUAUUAACUUUCUGUGUACGUGUCGUGAGUGAGUGUGUGUGUGUGUGAGCGAGUGUGUGUGCGUGCGCAUGUAUGUUUCUUCUUAUUUUAAUGUCAGACUUCCCUUCUUUGAUAAUUUUCUCCUCCAUGAUGCAGAGUGCGUGAGAAUGUUCAGUAACUCGGCUAAGAUCUCUACAGCCUAAAAUUGCUGGGAAUGAUCCCGCUUUCUCGCACGUCUCUCCAUCUUCCACACAGUAAGAUUAGUUUGUAAAAAAAAAAAAA